CAGCCGGCAGUCCCCAGGUGUGUGUGAGAGUGAGUGAGUGUGCGCCUACCUGGCACUUUCUGGCACUGAGAAAAGGAAGCCAGGAUGACGGGGCGGAGCAGCAAGGAUGGCACGGGCUCGUGGCAGGGCUUCGACGAGGGCCUCGAGGAGUACAAGGAGAACAUGCUCAAGGACGAGUGGUGGUCCAAGUGCGCGAAGGACAACCCCGACGCCGAGAAGCACCAGCGCCGCCGCGCCCGCCGCCAGCAGAAGAAGAAGCUGCAGGAGCAGGACCGCGAAGCCCUGAUGAAGAGCAUCCCGGGCAUGGCGUCCAUCCUGCCGGCGCGCUCCGGCCAGGUGCCCCCUGUGGGCGCCGAGCUGGACGCGCCGCUCACCAAGACGCAGAAGAGGAGGAGGAGGAAGAAGAAGGCCAAGGCGGAGAAGGCCGCCGCCGAGGCCGCCGAGGCCGCCGAGGGCGGCGCCAAGGCCGACGCGCCCGUCGAGGCCAAGGCCGCGAAGGCCGCGCCCAAGGCCGAGGCCAAGGCUGCCAAGCCCGAGGCGCCCAAGCCUGCGGAAGCCAAGAAGGCAGCUCCCGCCAAGCCCGAGGCGCCCAAACCAGCCGAUGCCAAGCAGGCCGCCCCUGCUAAGCCCGAGGCACCAAAGCCUGCGGAAGCCAAGAAGGCCGCCCCUGCUAAACCGGAGGCUGCUAAGCCCGAGGCACCAAAGCCUGCUGAAGCUAAGCCAGCCGAUGCCAAACCGGCAGCUCCUGCUAAGCCUGAGGCACCUAAGCCUGCAGAAGUCAAGCCAGCUGAGGCCAAACCUGCUGAAGCUAAGCCUGCUGAAGCCAAGAAGGCCGCCCCUGCUAAACCUGAAGCUGCUAAGCCCGAGGCACCAAAGCCAGCAGAAGCUAAGCCUGCUGAAGCCAAGCAGGCAGCCCCUGCUAAGCCUGAGGUACCUAAGCCUGCUGAGGUCAAGCCUACAGAAGCCAAGCCAGCUGAGGCCAAACCUGCUGAAGCUAAGCCUGCUGAAGCCAAACCGGCAGCUCCUGCUAAGCCUGAGGCACCUAAGCCUGCUGAGGUCAAGCCUGCAGAAGCCAAGCCGGCUGAGGCCAAACCUGCUGAAGCCAAACCGGCUGCUCCUGCUCAGCCCGAGGCACCCAAACCGGCUGAAGCCAAGCCCGCAGAAGCCAAGCCGGCUGAAGCCAAGCCUCCCAGAGAAAAGAAGCCUUCGGAAUCGGAGAAGCCUCCGCGGGAGAAGAAGGUGUCCGAAUCCGAGAAAGCCAAGAGGGAGAAGAAGCCUUCGGAGUCCGAGAAACAGAAGCGCGAGAAGAAGCCCUCUGAGUCCGAGAAGCCCCCGCGGGAAAAGAAAUCCUCGGAGUCCGAGAAGCCCAAGAGGGAGAAGAAGCCCUCGGAGUCCGAGAAGCCGAAGCGCGAGAAGAGGGCCUCGGAGUCCGAGAAGUCCAAGAAGGAGAAGCGGCUCUCGGAGUCCGACAAGGCGGCCAAGGCGCCGGCGGAGGCAGCGCCGAAGCCGGACGCCCCCAAGCCACCUGCAGCCCCCGCCAAGCCCGCGGAAGCCCCUGCUAAGCCUGAGGAAGCUCCCGCUAAGCCUGCCGACGCUCCUGCUAAACAGGAAGCACCUGCUAAGCCUGCAGCAGCCCCCGCCAAGCCCGCGGAAGCCCCAGCCAAACCAGCAGAGGCCCCUGCUAAGCCUGCCGAGGCUCCUGCUAAACAGGAAGCCCCUGCUAAGCCUGCGGAAGCCCCAGCCAAACCAGCAGAGGCCCCUGCUAAACAGGAAGCCCCUGCCAAGCCUGCAGAGGUCCCUGCUAAGCCUGCCGAAGCUCCUCCUAAACAGGAAGCCCCUGCUAAACCAGCAGAAGCCCCUGCUAAGCCAGCAGCGCCCGCCAAGCCUGCAGAGGCCCCCAAGACUCCAGUAGACGCCCCCGCCAAACCAGUAGAAGCCCCAGCAAAGCCAGCAGAAGCCCCCGCCAAGCCAGCGGAAGCCCCCAAGACUCCCGAGGUCAAGCAGCAAGCCCCUGCGAAGCCCGCAGAGGCCAAGCCCACGGAGGCUCCGCCCGCGGCCCCCGCGAAGCCGGCUGAGGUCAAGCCGGCCGCACCCCCCCGCCCCCCGCCGCCGCCCCCGCCGCCGCCCCUGCCCGCCCCCACCGUCGGCCCCGCCCUCAGCCCCGCCCUGGACCCCGCCCUGGGCCCUGCCACGGGCGGCGUCAAGCCCUCCACGUCGCCGCGCUUCGCCUCCACCUUCGUGCCGCCCCUAGGCCCCGCCCUCGCCUCCACGCUGCCGCCCGCGCCCGCGGAGGCGCCGCAGAAGGAGCCGUCCUCGCCCACGCUCAUGAACCUCCGCGUCAAGGUGGCUCCGCCCGCUGACGCCAAGGGCCCCGCCCCGGCGCCCGCAGCGCCCAUGGCCGCGCCCGCGCCCCCCGCCCCCCAGGCGCCUCCGCCCAUGUCCCUCGCCCAAGGGCCAGCCGGCGCCGCCGCCCGUGUUCGCCGGCUUCGGGCCCGUGCCGCAACCGGCGCCCGGCCCCGCCCCCGGCCUGGCCCCCAGCUUCAUGCCCAGCCUCGGGCCCUCCAUGGGCCCCGCCCUCGGCGCCAUGAAGGCCCCCGGCCCCGCCCCGCCCAUGGGGCCAGCCUUGGCCCCGGCCAUGGGCACCGCCAUGGGACCAAUCAUGUCACAUGGACCCCCUAG